AUGUCGAUGGCAUCUGGAGUCACGAUACACCCCGACUGUAUCAGCGCAUACGAAAAGCUACGGCUUGGAAAGGGUGCUGGCAGAACAAAGUACAUCAUCUUCAAGAUCUCGGACAACAAGAAGGAGGUUGUGGUCGAUGAAAUCUCCACCAACGAUGACUACGAGGCCUUCCGUGAAAAAAUAAUGUCCUCCAAGGACUCUUUGGGACGUCCAACACCAAGAUAUGCCGCAUAUGAUGUCGAGUUCCAGCUUGAGGGUGGUGAGGGAUGGCGACAGAAAAUUGUCUUCAUCUCCUGGGUUCCAACUGAAACUCCUGUCAUGUGGUCCAUGAUCUAUGCUACCACCCGCGCCACGCUUAAGGAUUCCCUCAACCCACAAGCCAGCAUCCAGGCUGACAACCCAUCCGAAAUCGAAUGGGCUGAUGUUUUGGCUGCGGCUGGCGGCAAGAGCACUGCUCCCAAGUAA